UAUAGCCUACAGCUAUUAGGAGUUAUAUAUUAAUACUGUGCAGAGAUCAUGUGAUAAAGUGUAUACUAUUUAUAUAUUAGGUGAAAAUGAUGUAUAAAUUGACAUCGUAACAAAGGGCUUAGAUGAUAAUGAUAAAAAAACCUGAAGCUUGAUUGGCUAAUAUUCAUACCAACUUGGUAAGAGUGCUUCGUAUUUUCAUUUGUAUGCAGUUGUAUAUGGGAUUAAUCUAGCUUUACGCUUGAAACAAGAAUUGAACCACAAGAGCAUUAGAAUAGUAAGAUAGAUCUUCACAUUAUUACAACUAGAGUUAACCAUGGAUAUGACAAUGAAUACAUCAUCUAUGAUGCCUGGCCAUCAUCAUCAUCACAAUGUGGUACCGAAUACAUCAACUACUACAAUGAACCAUAUGGAUAUGGACCAUGGAGAUAUGGGAUCUGGGAAUCCUUCAGGUCACUUACACUCGGGGUUGGAAAUGGAUAUGAAUGAAACAGAUCGUACAUGUGCUGGUCACAUGUUGAUGUUUUUCCACACAGGGAAAUGUGAAUUUAUUUUAUUUGAGACACUGAGGACAAAGGAUGUUGGAGGACUUGUGGGAGCAUGUGUGGCCAUAUUUGCUUUGGCGAUCGUUUACGAGGGACUCAAAGUAUUUCGUGAAAUGUUGCUACAAAAAGCGAUGAUCUCUGGCAACAAAUACUCAAUAUCCAACGGAACAGCUUCAACUGACACCAUGGUUAUCAGUAAUAAAAACGUUGGGGCAAAGGAUUCAAAGUUUUCAAGUUCGACCCAGCAGAAUGGAGUUUCUGGUCCCCGGCAACAAAAACCUAGCACUGAUGUGUCUUGCUGUUUGCACAUGAUGACAUGUAGCCACUUCAUUCAGACGGUACUUCACAUGAUCCAGGUGUUCAUCAGCUACUGUUUAAUGUUGGUCUUCAUGACCUACAACGUCUGGUUAUGUCUGAGCGUGAUCCUCGGUGCUGGCAUAGGCUACUUCCUGUUUGGAUGGCGAAAGGCGAUCGUGGUGGAUAUUAACGAACAUUGUCACUAACACAAAUUGUCUUCAUACGGACUGGAUUACAGAUUUUUAUGUCAACAAUAUAACUUAAUAAUGAACAAAUCUAAGCAAUUAUCCUUAAAUGAUCAUGUUUUUCCACAUUUCAAGGCUAUUAUGCAUAAUGAUGUUUACUUAUUUGUAAUAUAGUAGAUAAGAUACAACUGUUUAGGACCAAGGUGUUAAUUAAGUUGAUAAAAAACGGUUAUAAGAAUAUCUUUAUUAUGUAGAACUUAUAUUUGAUAUAAGUGGAUUUUGCUAAGCCAGAAUCAUAUGAGGCACAGAAUCACCAGGUGUGAGUCAGUGUUUCAGUAAAAUCUAUCAGAGUCAAAUACAGGUACUAGAAUAAUAUACUACAUUAUAUUACCCUGUUUAUUAUACACUUCUGUGUAUUUAAACUAUAUAUUUAACCAGAGUCACACAAUCUGUAUAGAAUUUUGUUUUUUUGAGUUGUAUUUAUCCAUUAAACAGUAAAUACUGGUAUAGAUAAAAAAAAUAUGAACAGAUAUAAAAUAAAGAAUUAUCCUUGCCUUGAAGGUGUAUUGUAUAGUAUAUUAUUGUUUGUGACAUUACAUUAAUGUGAAUGCAAAUAGUUUUAAGGCAAAUUAUAUUCAUCAAUUUGUGUAAUUUACAUUCUGUGAAACAUGUUUUUAACGGUAGCUGGAUUAUAACAAAAUUCAUCAUAUCAAUUUUAUUUUAUUUUUUUCUUGUAAUAAUUUAUUUUCUUCUCAAGUAAUAAGUACAUAUCCUUUGAAGUUUUUAAGAAAGUAUCUUUCUGAAUAACAAUAUUAAUGCAAUUUAUGUAUUAAUAUUGUAUCCAGCAAUUUUUUCUUUUUCUACCUUAACUGUUUAGUUGAUUUUUUAAGGAUAACUGUCCCUGCUUAAUUACCAAUUUGAGUUUUUAUAAAAAUCAAACGUGAAAAUGUUAAUAUUAUGAGCAGCAGGCAGGUCACUCAGUUGUUCAUUUUAAAUUUUUUUUAAACAAAACUUACAACAAAAUGUUCAAAUAUGUUUACAUGUAUUCACAAAUCAUUGAUAUAUUAUGUAUGAACAUCUCUUAGUAGAUAAAAAAAUAUAGUACAGAUUGUCAUUCUUAGAGGCAAUCUUAUUAUGAUAUAGCAUCUUUAAUAACUAAAAUAUUGUUAAUUUGAACAGGGUAUGUACAAUAUAUAUGUUCCUGGUUUGAAUAAUAAACUAAUCUAAUCUUUGUCAUGCUAGCUUUAUAGACUUUGACACAGUGUUUUACAUCUUCUUUUAUUUUGAAGGUAUCAGUAGAUUAAACAGAUAUUUUUACAUGCAUAAGUAAUAAUGAUAUUUUUAAUUGUGUAUGAUACAGUUUUAUCAUAAGCAUUAUUGUACUGUAUCUGUCAGGUGGGUGGGGUGAAGAAUUUGACAGAAAUACCAUAUAAGUGGUUUUUCUGAGGUGAUUUUAUUUCUGCGUUUUCUGCGGUCAGUUUCAGCACCACAGAAAUAAAAACGGCAGAAUAUUUAUCCAUGUUUUGUUUUUUCUAAGGAUAUGUGUCCUUCAUUAUGACCUGUUUCCUCUAAAAUAAUAACAACUAACGGAUUAUAACGGUUUGCAGGUCAUUAACACCCAUUCAUUGCUUUAUGAAAUCAUUCCAUUAUAUUAUGCAUUUUCAUCAACAAUUUUUCAGUUGAGAUGGGGACCAUUUUUAAGCAUAGAUGAAUGAUAAUAUAACUUUUCAGCGCAAGCAUAGAGAACUAAAUUCAUAAUAUCCCAAAAAAAAAAACAACAACAAAGGACAAGGAAUUCAGUAUUUUUUUUUUUCGAAGUGUUGCUGAUAUAUUGACAAUAUCAGACACAGCAGUUGUUUCUGCAAAUUUCAUGUCGUGUUACACAACUGUCAGUUAUUGGGGAGAAAUGUGAAACUCAGCCGGUAAAAGCUGUGAAACAGUAUCCAAAGGGUCUUGUGUUCAAAUCCCAGAUAGUCUUAGCAGCUCAUUCUGUAAAGAAAUACUGUAUGUUUGUUUGUGGUGUGAACAUCUGCCAUUUAAAAUACACAUAACAUGCAUGUGGUUGUACAUUUUUAUCGUAUAUUAGAUUACAAUAUUGUAUGUUCUAUGUAAAUAAUGAUUAUCAAAACCAAAACCUGUUGUGAACAUGAUAUUUCUAUUAAUGUUAUCAUGGGACGUUAGUUUUACAAACAGGAUUUCUAUACAAUAUAUGUCUGUGUAAUUAAUUUGAAAAAAAAUCGCUAAAUCUGCCAAAGGCUUGUGAACAUCCAGGAUAUGUGUAUAUACAUGUACGCAGCUUUUUCUUACAGUGAGGAGGAUAAAUAUAAAAUCAUGUACAAAUUUUUCAUGUAAAAAAAAAAAUUCAACAGUUUCUACUUUUUUUCUUUGGACAAAAAUAAGAAAAUAAAACGACACAGGUGAUGUAGCAAUUUGUAAUAACCUUUUUUUAGUUAUUCAUGCUAAACAUAUUUAUGUAGUAUUAGUAUUUUCUAACUUAUGUAUUUUAUUGUUAUGACAAAUAGAAUGAAAUUACUAUUGAAAAAUGUUUUUGAAAACUAUUGACUUUUUAUUUAGAUUAUUUUGACCACAGAUGUUUGUUUUAAUUCAUUUUAAUGUUCAAAAUAAUGAUCUCAGUACACAUGUUAAUGUUCCAAUGAGGGGAUUUGACAUUUUAAGUCUUUACCAUGCUAAUUAUCUUAAAUGGACUUGUCCAUCUUUCAAUCUCGACAAAACCAUUUAUUUCAAAAUAAAUACCGACUUAAUAGUGAACCGUGCAGAUCAUGGUCAGAUGCCACAGAUAUGCCGGCAGAUCUUUGUCAGCACUUUUGGCAUAGGUACAUGUAGAUAUCUGAUGCCAUCAGCAGGCUUAGAGUUAGAAUCCCAUAAGUUAUUUUAAGCAUUAAUUAUUUUUCUUUUGUCCCAGGCCUUGCUUAUAGAUGAUUAAUCUACACGGAAAGUACAAACAUAUCUACAAAACAACUAAAACAUGUCAAUGCAUAGCAUACUAAAUUAGUGAUAUGAACUUAUUCUUCUACUAACAUGUACGAGUAUAAUAAUUGGUUUUGAUGUUAAAGUGCUAAAAUUAUUUAGCCAUCCUAACUUAAAUUGGUACAGGUACUUGUGACAUAGGUAAAUUAUCAUUAUUAUUAACAUGUAAAGGGUUUAACAGAUAAUUCAAUUAAGUUCUUUUUUUAAGAUAUUUCAAUGGUGCUAGUUAUAUCACAAUGAAAACCAUAUUUGAAUCAUCAGUGUUACACAAAUGCUUGUAGUUUGAGAGUCCAGCUUCUAUCAUUAGGGGAGAUAACUCUGGGAUAAAUCACAGUCCCUAAAAUGUGUGCAUAAUGACAGUGUUUAAUCAGAAGCUUGUAAAUAGUUAUCAACCAUAAACAUUUUCCCUGCCUAUAAAUAUGAAUUAUGAUGAUACAUUAUAUUGAAUGCUUUAAGGAGAGGAAAAGAAAGUACAUCAAAGGAAGGAUAAGGGUCUUGUGUUUCUAGAGGACAGUGUGUCUAUUUUUGGAAUGAAAGAGUGAGACAUUCAUUUGUUGUCUUUGAAGCAUGGAGACUUUGUUAUGUGGCCAAAUGUUUAUAUAAAUCAACAUGGGAGAGUACAAUACAUCAUUCUCAUGAUUCUGUAUUUGUAAACAUGUACUAAAUUGUCUGGAAUCUUGAUUUAGCUGUAAAAACUGUCAGUUAUUUAAAAA